ACCUUCCCAUCCCGAGAGCUGCAGUUUCAGCCGCGGCAGCAGGAACGGCAGAGCCGGCGACCGCAGCGGCGGCGGAGGCAGGAGCAGCCUGGGCGGGUGGCAGGGUCUCCCCGGGCGCAGGAAGGAGAGUAGAGAUAUCCUCUGAGUGCCAAGCAAAGAACAUUAAGGAAGGGAAGAGGAAUGAGGCUGGAUAGAGUGCAGUGAAACGAGGUGCUUCACGGAGAGGGGUACCCAUACCCACCACCCAGAGACGGGACUGUGUCACCAGAAUGAGAACUUACCCAUACUUCUUGCUGCUCUUUUGGGUCGGUCAGCCCUACCCAACUUUCUCAACUCCGUUAUCUAAGAGGACUAGUGGUUUCCCAGCAAAGAAAAGGGCCCUGGAGCUCUCUGGAAACAGCAAAAAUGAGCUGAACCGUUCGAAAAGGAGCUGGAUGUGGAAUCAGUUCUUUCUGUUGGAAGAAUACACAGGAUCGGAUUAUCAGUAUGUGGGCAAGUUACAUUCAGACCAGGAUAGAGGAGAUGGAUCACUUAAAUAUAUCCUUUCAGGAGAUGGAGCAGGAGAUCUCUUCAUUAUCAAUGAAAACACAGGGGACAUACAGGCCACCAAGAGGCUGGACAGGGAAGAAAAACCCGUUUACAUCCUUCGAGCUCAAGCUAUAAACAGAAGGACAGGGAGACCCGUGGAGCCUGAGUCUGAGUUCAUCAUCAAGAUCCAUGACAUCAACGACAAUGAACCAAUAUUUACCAAGGAGGUUUACACGGCCACCGUUCCCGAAAUGUCGGACGUCGGCACAUUUGUUGUUCAAGUGACUGCAACUGAUGCUGAUGAUCCAACAUAUGGAAAUAGUGCAAAAGUUGUCUAUAGUAUUCUACAGGGGCAGCCCUAUUUUUCAGUUGAAUCAGAAACAGGUAUCAUCAAGACAGCUUUGCUCAACAUGGAUCGAGAAAACAGGGAGCAGUACCAAGUGGUGAUUCAAGCCAAGGACAUGGGCGGCCAGAUGGGGGGAUUGUCUGGGACCACCACAGUGAACAUCACUCUGACUGACGUCAACGACAAUCCUCCCCGGUUUCCCCAGAGUACCUACCAGUUUAAAACCCCUGAAUCUUCUCCACCGGGUACACCAAUUGGCAGGAUCAAAGCCAGCGACGCCGACGUGGGAGAAAACGCUGCAAUUGAGUACAGCAUCACAGAGGGAGAGGGGCUGGACAUGUUUGAUGUCAUCACCGACCAGGAAACCCAGGAAGGGAUUAUAACUGUCAAAAAGCUCUUGGACUUUGAAAAGAAGAAAGUGUACACCCUCAAAGUGGAAGCCUCCAACCCUCACGUUGAACCCCGCUUUCUCUACCUGGGUCCAUUCAAAGAUUCCGCCACAGUUAGAAUCAUGGUGGAAGAUGUCGAUGAGCCCCCCAUCUUCAGCAAACUGGCCUACAUCCUACAAAUAAGAGAAGAUGCUCAGAUAAACACGACGAUAGGCUCGGUCUCAGCGCAAGAUCCAGAUGCUGCCAGGAAUCCUGUCAAGUAUUCUGUCGAUCGACACACAGAUAUGGACAGGAUCUUCAACAUUGAUUCUGGAAAUGGUUCAAUUUUUACGUCGAAACUUCUUGACCGCGAAACAUUGCUAUGGCACAACAUCACGGUGAUAGCAACAGAGAUCAAUAAUCCAAAGCAAAGCAGCCGAGUACCUCUAUAUAUUAAAGUUCUGGAUGUCAAUGACAACGCCCCAGAAUUUGCUGAAUUCUAUGAAACUUUUGUCUGUGAGAAAGCAAAAGCAGAUCAAUUGAUUCAGACCCUACGAGCUGUUGACAAGGAUGACCCUUACAGCGGGCACCAGUUCUCAUUCUCUUUGGCCCCCGAAGCAGCCAGUGGCUCAAACUUUACCAUUCAAGACAACAAAGACAACACAGCGGGAAUCCUAACUCGGAAAAAUGGCUAUAAUAGACACGAGAUGAGCACCUAUCUCCUGCCUGUGGUCAUUUCAGACAACGACUACCCAGUCCAAAGCAGCACUGGGACAGUGACUGUCCGGGUCUGUGCAUGUGACCACCACGGGAACAUGCAGUCCUGCCAUGCGGAGGCCCUCGUCCACCCCACGGGACUGAGCACGGGGGCUCUGAUUGCCAUCCUAUUGUGCAUCGUGACCCUACUAGUGACAGUGGUGUUGUUUGCAGCUCUGAGGCGGCAGCGGAAAAAAGAACCUUUGAUCAUUUCCAAAGAGGACAUCAGAGACAACAUUGUCAGUUACAACGACGAAGGUGGUGGAGAGGAGGACACUCAGGCCUUUGAUAUCGGCACCCUGAGGAAUCCCGAAGCCAUAGAGGACAGCAAAUUACGCAGGGACAUUGUGCCCGAAGCCCUUUUUCUACCCCGACGGACUCCAGCCGCUCGUGAUAACACCGACGUCCGAGAUUUCAUCAACCAAAGGUUAAAGGAGAAUGACACGGACCCCACUGCCCCGCCCUACGACUCCUUGGCCACCUAUGCCUACGAGGGCACCGGCUCGGUGGCCAAUUCCCUGAGCUCGCUGGAGUCAGUGACCACAGAUGGAGACCAAGACUAUGAUUACCUUAGUGACUGGGGCCCUCGCUUCAAAAAGCUCGCAGAUAUGUACGGAGGGGUGGACAGUGACAAAGACUCCUAAUAUGUUGCCUUUUUUCAUUUUCCAAUACGACACUGAAACAUGUGAAGUGGCUAUUUCUUUCUAUUUAUCCACUACUCCGUGGAGGGUUCUCUGUUCUACCAGUUCCAAAAGUCAAUGGCUGCAGUCCGUGGGGAUCUAAUGUUAGAGACUUUUUUCUAGUACACUUUUAUGAGCUUCCAAGAGGCAAAUGUUUAUUUUUUAGUGCAUCAGUUAACCAUGUCAGUCAGCCCAACAGGCCCCAAGCUGGAGGAGAGGACAGAGAGUAACAUUUUCCCUUGUUCUCUUAGGGCAAGUUCCGAACACGCUCAAUUCAACUGGCCUGGUCUUUUUACUACACUCCGUUGACUCAGGUCGGCUGACUGCUCCGCCUGUACACAUCACAUGCUAAUGGGAUGAGGGAUUGUGCUUUAAUGAUUAAAGAUAGAGUUUUAGUAAGAGAAAUGAGGAACAACUUCACAGUCGUUCCUGGUGUAUCAGCCCACAAGGAGAUAAUGAACUAUAUAUGGGUGUGUGUUUCCAUCACAAAGAAUUUAAAACAUCUACGCAUCCUGUGUGUUCUUCAAGAACUUUUUCUGACACCAUUGGCUAUUCAAAACAUCAGAUCCACCAAUGUUUUAAGAUUCUCAUUCCUCUUUAGGAAUAAAAGCAAAUUAAAUGGUAGCAUUCAAAAACAACCACCAAAAAACAAAAAACUUAGUAAGACCUCAUUCUUUGCCGCUAACUUCUAAUUUGUUAUAUAUUAGACAUGCAGAAGUUUGCCGUCCCACCAUAUAAAGGAAAAGGGAAAAUAGCUAACAAUGUUAACAAAAUAAAUAUUUAACAUACUUUAAACUUUGGGCCACCAAAUAUACCACAGAUUACUUGAAAUUGUUUCAACCAUCAGUAGGCUAAUUACAAAUAAGUCUAAUUGUUUAAAAGUUCUUGAAGGAACUUUUCUGAGAUAAAUUUUAACUCCUUGUCUGUAGUUGUCCUCAGUAUUAUUCUAAUAUACUUGAAUGUAGCAGUGUGAAGUACAAUAAUUCAUAUUCUUAAGAUACUUCUUACACAGUUAAGUUGCAUUAGUAAAGGUAGAUUAAAUAAAACUCAAAUCCUGCUCUCGGAGUUUAAUGGGGAGGUAAGAGCCAGCCACACUUGAACCUGAUACCCUGUCCUUCACGUCCAGAAACAUCUAUCUAUUUAUAUAAUGUGAUAGAUAUAGAUGAACAUUGAGAUCAUGGUGAAAACCUACAUAUAACAUAUUUGGAAGAUGCUUACAAAGGGAAAAACUCGGAUUCCCUUCAACAAGAGUGUUUAAGAUUGUAAUUAAAAUGAUAGUUGACUUUCAAAAGCAUUAAUAUUUUUUGAUUGUUUUUAACUUAGUUUCCAUGGCAACCCUGCCAGCCUUGUCUUUGAGCUAAUGAUAAAGUAAUGGUCUCAAACUAUGACAGAAAAGUACUGUACAAUCCAUCCAAUCUAUUAUUUCUCUAAUUAUGCAAUUAGCAUCACAGUUAUUAUCCAGAAGACCCAACUGAACUGAACUAAUCCUUUUGGCAGGUUCAAAUCAUUUAUUUCAUACGGCUGUUCUAAUGACUUUUAUCAUUAGAAUCCUACAUCGUGCAGUCAUCAGAAAUUUCCAAAGUACUGUAAUGAAAACAUCCUUGUUUUGAAACCUUUAGGAAAAAAACAGGCUCUGUAUAUAUAUAAUAUGUACUCAAGAAUAUGCUGACUUCAAUUAUUAGUCUUAGGGAUUUAUUUUCAAUUAAUGUUAAUUUUCUACAGAUAAUCUUAGCAUAAUUUCCAUUGGGGGAUAAUGUCAUAUCAGCACAUAUUUUCUUUUUGGAAACACAUUGUUGUUUGGUUCCGUUUUAAGUAGGCAUAUUACCCAGGAAGAAAGACGGCACCUUUAAAAUAAGAGAAAUGUAGUAUUUUGGGUUACCCAAGUAGAGUGAAAAAUUUUUACAAUCGUAUUAUCCUUGUGCUUCCUGAAUGGUUUCCUAUUUUCUAAUAGACUUCCCUGUAUACUAACAAGUAUGUCAUGCUUGGGCUAUUUCUUGCUUUCAGGGUUUUCUUUUGUUAGUUCUUCAUACACACACGGACAUAUAUACACAUACAGAGGAAUGCAAACAAAAUACUACAAGAGGGCUUCACUGUAAUGAAUCAAUGUAUAUCAUAGACACAGGUAAGUGUUGAAAAAAGAUAGCUUAGUAAAGUUAAUUAAUAAGAACUAGUUAUUUAUAGCAAUAGAACAACACCUUAAUUACAUGACUUAUUGUAAAAUUAAAGAGCUCUCUAUCCUUAUGUAUCAUGUCAUGUAACAAAUUGAAUCAAGAAAGAAAGUCCUGUAAAAAGAAACAUAUCAUCAAAAGUCUUCUUUUGAACUUUUGGCGUUAACUUGAACGUCGGAGGGUUGACACUAGCGACUUCCAAUGUUUAAGGGUAAAGUUUACUCUUUCCUCAGAACUGAAAGUAAGUAGUUCUGUCGUGGAAUAUUUGAGAUGUAAUUGGCAGGAUAUUUUAUCCCUCCCUGACGAUGAUAUGGUAUACAAGAACAAAAUGAUAUGACUAAAUACUGAAAUAACUGUCUAAUCUCCUACCACAAAACCUGAUGAUCAAGUGAAUCUCUAAGAAACUCGAUACUUUGAGGCUGGAACUGAAUAUUUAGCAUGAGGGUCCUGUAAGUAUCAAGGUGGGGUAGUAUUUUCCUAUAAUGAAGACUCUUUGAUGUCAUGGAUACAAUAAGAGCCACAGUUCCAUCAUUCUAGGCAGGUCUCACUUCCUUCCCACCAAAGUAUCAGGUCAGGACUCAGGUCAACAUGAAUGAUUACUGGAGAAAAAAAUUAGUUUUCAGCUCAGUUUUCACAUUGUCUCUGUCCUGAUAUUAGAUGCUGGUGAUGAGAAAGAUGGAAGGAAAGGGGAAAGAGAUAAAAUUUUAAUAUUUUCUGUAAUCACUGAGAAGCUACAAUUUAUUAAACAUAAGCAGAUUGCUUUUGUAGGUUGCUUCAAGGACUGUGAGGCCUUUCUGACAUUUUUUUUUCCCUCCAUUCAAAGGGGAGAGUUUCUUCAAACCAUUAAGAUGUUCCCUAGAAUAUGCUGAAAUUUUAAAGACAUUAAACCAUUGUGCAUAAAUUUAAAGCCCCUGCACUUCAUGACCACUUUCUGCUGAAAGACCUAGAAAACAUUUGUCCCCAAAUAAAAGAAAAAUCAAAUGGGAGAGAAGCAAAGAUGGCUCCAUAGAACCAUAAGAGAGGGGAUCUGGGCACAGUAAACAUAUGAUUUUUACAGAACUUUCUUGGCUUUAUGGUUUACAUGGAAAAAGGGAGGUUCGAAUACAAAUUGACUCCAUUUUCAGAUGGAACAAAACCUGGUGAUUCAACUUUAACUUGGUAAAAAUGUUUUUGGUUUAGUGUUCAUUUUCAGGUCCCAAAAUGUUGUACAAAAAGUUCUUAAAGUUGAAUCUCUAUCUUAGAAGCAUCUAAAUUUUAUGGAUCCAAACUAACUUUAGAAAGUUUCCAUUACUUUCUUUCUUUUUUUUUUUUUUUUGAUGAGGAAGAUUGUCCCUGAGCUAACAUCUGUGCUAAUCUUCCUCUACUUUGUGUGUGGGACACCACUAUAGCUUGGCUUGAUGAGUGGUGUGUAGG